AUGCCACUACUCUGCGGUGUGGCUAGAAUCAGGGGCAGUGACCAGUCCCAGGGGACGAAGUCCAUCCCCAACCUGCCGCUGGUCCAACCCCAGGUUAGCCCGAGUUUAGGGCGGAGUUUCAAGAAAGCGCACAGCCCAGCUCUGGGGCGGGGCCCAGCAGGGACUGCAACCAAUGGAGCCGCGUUCUCGUGGGCAGGGGCGGUCCCGAAGGUGGGGCCUUGCCUGUUCCGGGCGUCCGUCACCCGUCACGACCAGCAGCUGCGCACCGCCCUGGACGAGCUGGGCCGCGCCAAGGACGGACCGGUACGAGAAAGCGAUUUCCGUCACGACCAGCAGCUGCGCACCGCCCUGGACGAGCUGGGCCGCGCCAAGGACGGUGAGAUCUCAGCUCUCCAGGAGCAACUCCUGACCUCCGAGGCCGCUGUCCACAGCCUGCAGGCUGCUGUGCGCCAGAGAGAUGAGCUCAUUGGGCAGCUGUGGCCCCGAGCCGAGCUGCUGCAGGACAUUUGUCACCGGCGGCCACCCUUGGCCGCACUGCUGACUGCCCUGGCUGAGGCUGAGCGUCUGGGGCCCUUGCCGGACAGUGCACCUGGCCACCUGCUUCCUGGUGGGCCUGGGCCGCCCCUCGCCAACAGCACUGUGGAGGAGGAGGAAGAGCAGGAUGAGGGUCACCUCCAGCCUGCUGUGUUUGGGACCACAGUGUGAGCCCUGGAGCAGGGAUGCCAGAGCCAACACAGACGGUGCCUUGGGGACUUCCUCCCCCGGGGGACUGCAGGGCAGAGGCAGGAUCCUGGCUAAGCAACAGAAGAAGCUAAAAAGGCCACGUUUUCAAGCAGGCCACAUGCAGAUGUUUAGCUCACACAAGUUACAAAGAAAAUGGAACUUUGAAUCCAUCGCUCUUGUUGAAAAGCUGACCGUACUUUAGCUAAAUCUGGAUUCUGGCUUGAGACCGGGCUGGCUUUGCCUGAUCCGAGUCCAGGCAGGGCCCCCACAUUAGCCAGGGUGUGUGUGAGCUCCCUUCUCCCUGCACCUCAGAACUCUGGUGGGGGCCGGUGGCAUCAGGUCCCACAGGAUUUGAGCUUCUCUCUUCUUUCCCCUUUUGUCUCGAUUUGUUGUUGUUGUUGUUGUUGUUGCUUUUUGAGGUAAGA